CUUCUGUAGCUCCACGGAGAGCUCAAGAAAUCGCAGAGAGAAAAACGAGGGUGCAUGCUACCGGCUGGCAAUGGCAGAUGAUAGCCAGGUAUCGCAGCAGCCUGCUCAACCUCCGGAGGCAAAGACCGAGGCAUCCGAGCUGGACUACGUGACACGAAGAGAGAUCGGGAGGGAGGCCGUGUGGUCUCUUUCCUCGGCCAAGCCCGGCAACGGCGUUGACCAGCUCAGGGAUGACUCAACUGAUACCUAUUGGCAAUCAGAUGGUGGCCAGCCUCACCUGAUCAACAUCCAGUUCCACAAGAAGAUGACCGUGGUAGAGAUAGCGUUCCAUCUUGACUUUAGUUCAGACGAGAGUUACACGCCAAAAAAGCUCUCGAUCCGGGCAGGCAGCAGCUUUCACGAUCUCGUCGAAGUGACGGUCAAGGAACUACACGAGCCCGUUGGGUGGGUGAGAGUACCGCUGUUUGCGCCAGGGGGCGGCGGGGCGGCGGCAAUCGCGGCGGAUGCUGCCGGUGGUGCGGAGGGCCCGGUCCUGCGCGCGCACUUCGUGCAGAUUUGCGUGGUAGCCAUGCACCAAAACGGCAGAGAUACACACAUCAGACAGGUGAAGGUUUUUGGCCCGCGGUUGGCGUCCGUGCAGCACGACCCGUCUCUGUUAGAGUUCAUAUCCCCGGAAUUUGAGACGUUUGCGUGCAUCCGAUAGCCCGGAGCCCGAUGAGAAGGGCGCCCUCGAAGGACGUGCGACAAAGUGACGAUAGAGAGAUCGG